UUCUAGAUUGGCCAGCAGGGUUCUGGCAGGUUCCAGAAGUCGGCGCAGCCGGCUAUAAAGCGAACGCCAGCGGCACCGUGACGGCACAUCGCGCCGCGGACAGCAGCGAGAGCGGGCGGAGGGAGACGCCACCGCGAGUGAGGAGCUGAUCGGAGAAACCUGUCACCAUGUCUGCCAAAGGGCCGGCAAUCGGCAUCGACUUGGGCACUACGUACUCCUGCGUGGGUGUCUUCCAGCAUGGGAAAGUGGAGAUCAUCGCCAAUGACCAGGGCAACCGCACCACGCCCAGCUAUGUGGCCUUCACUGAUACAGAGCGCCUUAUCGGUGACGCUGCCAAGAACCAGGUGGCUAUGAACCCCACCAACACCAUCUUUGAUGCCAAGCGUCUCAUCGGCCGCAAGUAUGAUGACCCUACAGUUCAGUCUGACAUGAAGCACUGGCCCUUCCGUGUGGUGAACGAGAGCGGCAAGCCCAAGGUGCAAGUGGAGUACAAGGGUGAGAUGAAGACCUUCUUCCCAGAGGAGAUCAGCUCCAUGGUCCUCACCAAGAUGAAGGAGAUUGCAGAGGCCUAUCUGGGGCGAAAGGUGCAGAAUGCUGUCAUCACAGUGCCUGCUUACUUCAACGACUCCCAGCGCCAGGCCACCAAAGAUGCUGGCACCAUCACUGGCCUGAAUGUGAUGCGUAUUAUCAACGAGCCCACAGCAGCUGCUAUAGCCUAUGGCUUGGACAAGAAAGGUACUCGGGCUGGAGAGAAGAAUGUUCUCAUCUUUGACUUGGGAGGGGGCACUUUUGAUGUGUCCAUCCUUACCAUUGAGGAUGGCAUCUUUGAGGUGAAGUCCACAGCUGGUGACACCCAUCUGGGUGGGGAGGACUUUGACAACCGCAUGGUGAACCAUUUUGUGGAAGAAUUCAAGCGCAAGCACAAGCGUGACAUUGCUGGCAACAAGCGAGCGGUGAGGCGGCUGCGUACGGCUUGUGAGAGGGCAAAGCGCACCCUCAGCUCUUCCACACAAGCUAGCAUUGAGAUCGACUCCCUCUACGAGGGCAUUGACUUCUACACCUCUAUUACUCGUGCCCGCUUUGAGGAGCUCAAUGCCGAUCUCUUCCGUGGCACCCUGGAGCCUGUGGAGAAGGCUCUGCGCGAUGCCAAGCUAGACAAGGGCCAGAUCCAGGAGAUCGUGCUGGUGGGUGGCUCCACUCGUAUCCCCAAGAUCCAAAAGCUGCUACAGGACUUCUUCAAUGGCAAAGAGCUCAACAAGAGCAUCAACCCUGAUGAGGCUGUUGCCUAUGGUGCUGCUGUGCAAGCAGCUAUCCUCAUGGGAGACAAGUCUGAGAAUGUGCAGGAUCUGCUGCUGUUAGAUGUCACCCCUCUGUCCCUGGGCAUUGAGACAGCUGGUGGAGUGAUGACAGCUCUCAUCAAGCGCAACACCACCAUUCCCACCAAACAAACUCAGACCUUCACCACCUACUCGGACAACCAGAGCAGCGUCCUGGUCCAGGUGUAUGAGGGUGAGAGGGCUAUGACGAAGGACAACAACUUGCUGGGCAAAUUUGACCUAACGGGCAUCCCACCGGCACCCCGCGGAGUCCCCCAGAUCGAGGUCACUUUUGAUAUCGAUGCCAAUGGUAUCCUGAAUGUCAGCGCCGUGGACAAGAGCACGGGUAAGGAGAACAAGAUCACCAUCACCAAUGAUAAGGGUCGCCUUAGCAAGGAUGACAUUGACCGUAUGGUGCAAGAAGCGGAGAAAUACAAAGCGGAGGAUGAAGCUAACCGAGAUCGGGUGUCAGCCAAGAACUCCCUUGAGUCCUACACUUACAACAUGAAGCAGACGGUGGAGGAUGAUAAACUGAAGGGAAAGAUCAGUGACCAAGACAAGCAGAAAGUGCUCGACAAGUGCCGGGAGGUGGUAUCUUGGCUCGAUCGCAACCAGAUGGCUGAGAAAGAAGAGUACGAGCACAAGCAGAAGGAGCUGGAGAAACUCUGCAACCCGAUUGUCACAAAAUUGUACCAGGGAGCUGGAGGGGCCGGGGCGGGUGGCUCUGGCGGCCCGACCAUCGAAGAAGUAGAUUAAAGAGGACUGAAGUAUAAGACUGGUUUAUGGACAGUCACUCCAUUCUUUGCUUUGUUUUUUUUUUUUUCUAACGUUUAAGGAAAACGUCCUUGCCGAUAACAGAGUUUAUUCUGUUUGGUGUGUAUAAAGGCAGAUCUGUCAGCUUGGUUUUGAUAAAAGGGAAGGCACGUCCUGCUUUAUAAGGUUAGUAAUAGACAAGUUUUGUUAAUUCAGAUACAGCUGUUUGUACUCUGGAUGUUUGUCUCUGUUCAAGUGUCUCUUCUAAAGUAACCACUCGACUGUUGCAGUUGACAAGUUUCAAGUUAUGCAUGAAAAUCUUUAUGGAAGAUUAAAAAAAAAAUGCCAAAUUCGGCUUCUGGAAAUUUUGGUAAUAAAUAAAAUGUAUUAUGACAAAGUAU